AUGCCUCCCAAAGGUGCAACUCGCGCAGGGCGAACAGCAGCAGCCUCUAGCGCAUCCUCCAGCCUAACGACAAAUGCUGAAGAUACAGAGUCUAAGCAAAAUUCAUCUACUUCAGGUGUAGCACCAAAACCAUAUGUGCAGCGAUUGCAAUCUCUCAAGAAAACUAAGCCAUCUGGAAGUAUCACGGCUGGCGCAAAGGCUGGCAAAUUCAAGGUCAAGGCGAUAGAACGAAAGAGCAAGGAAGAGCGAGAAGUACUUGAGAAAGCCGAAGCCGAAGCUCACGCACUGCGUAAUAAACGGACAGCAGCAGCUCUAAAACUUGCGCGUGGAGAUCAUGGUCAUCGUGGAGGCUCUUUCCGUGGUCGCGGAGGUUCCAUGAGAGUGGGCGCCGGGCCAUUCGGUGGUGGCCGCGGAGGUCGUGGUGGUGCCUUUUCUGGUCGUGUCGGUAUGGGCGGUGAUGAUUCGGACGAUUCGGACUCCUACGAAGACGACCUUCGCGUCAACAUCGAUCAAAUCAACCUCGACAGCGACAACGACGAGACUGGAAAGGGGAAGGGAAGAGCUUCAACCAACUCCAAAUUACAACCUGUUCGAGCCCAGCGAUAUGAACAUACAGAGCGAGCCGUCCAUGUUAAUGAGGAAUCGAGCGCGACCAUUGAGGUUCCGGUGGGGGCUCCAGUGGAGGAAGUUGCACAACCUGAGAAUAUUUCAUCAGUUGAGGGUUCAGAUGAUGGGCCACGCGUUAAGGCAGAGCCAAUCGAUGACGAGGAUACAGUAAUGGUGACUGAGGUGCCUCGUCAUGAGGAUGAUGGGCUGCCCGCAAUGAAGAAAAUGGUACGCACUAGCGUUCCUCCCUCCCCCAGGAAAAAGGCACCAAAAGCUCCACUUUCACAGCCUAAGCGGGAUCCGCGAGAACUACUUCGCACCACGGAGGAGAUUGAAGAAUAUGACCGACACUUGGAAGACCUGAAAAUCAUCCGAGAUCUGCUUUCCUUCGACGAGGUUCGACCCGAAAAGCCUCAAUCUGUGGAUUCGCAACCAUCAGCCCCAACUACUGAUGAUGACGAGGGCGAAAGUCAAGGCGUUACAAAACAAGAACAUGCGGAUGGCGAAGAGGCCGAAGAUACCGAAGUUGAACACAAGCUCGCCGGUCAGCUCUUUUUGAUGCAAUUCCCACCCAUGACACCCAACCUUGUCAUCCCAGGAUCCACAGGAGAUACUGCUCUUCCAUCGACAGAAACCACUGCCCAAAGUGAAACCGAAGCAGCAGACAAAGCUGCGGCCGACACAGCCGUGGCUGAGAAAGCCGCCUCUAAUAAGGCGAGAGUCCUCACUGCUGCAAUGCCAUGGGCCCUCCCAGCCGGUCGCGUGGGCAAGCUGAACCUUCACAAGUCCGGCCGCGUGACUAUGGAUUGGGGUGGCAUCAGCUUUGAGGUGGAUCGUGGCUCGGGCGCAGACUAUGUCCAAGAAGCCCUGAUCGUUUCGGAGCCAGAGGCCGAGGAGGCUGGCCAGCCUCAGAGGGAUGCAAAUUCACGAAAGGAGGCAUGGUCCAUGGGCCAGUUGCAGGGCAAGUUUACAGUCAAUCCCAACUGGGAUCAGAUUCUCUAA